GCGCCAAAAUCCUGAACUCUCUCCUUCCAACAGAAACAGCAUCUCUUCUUCCGCUUCUUCUCUACUGCUGAACUUGUUAUGCAAUGGCAAGUGAAAAGCCAAAACAAGGAGAUAAAUUAGCAAAUCCUAGUUCUACACCGCAAAGGAAUGAAAAACUUGGGGCUCUUGAUCUAACUAAUUCACCUGCUGGCCAUAAUGAGAUUCUUGAUGAUCGGUUGCCACCAUUUCCCUUUUUCCAAACUGGGGAUAUGCAGGGAAUGCCUCAACAUUAUGCUCAGGAAAUGCCAUUGCCUGUCUUCUAUGUUGCUAGUAAGAUUUAUGAUGGUCUUCAGAACUCCAAGAUACACAGAAAAGUUGAUAGUGCCAGGAACGACAUGGCUAGAGGCUCAGAAAUGCGUAGUGAGGCUGCAGAAGCAAAAAAUAGUGACGUGCACAGGUCUUCCCUAAUUGGAGAAAGGGGACCUAGCACACCUAUGGCAAUGCAUAACUCAACUAGUGGAAGAGGGGUAAUUAAUAACAUUGUCAACACAAGUGCAGCUCAGUCUAGUCAUCCUCAAAUCCUUGAUGGGAGUUCUUUGAAGCUGGGAGUUGGAUCUAAUGCAGAGCCCAGGAAUACUUCUAAUGUCUCCAGCAGAUAUGGCACUAUUAAGUAUAAUGAGACUGCUCUUCCCCAAUUAAGUGCUUUAUGUGGUCAAAAAGAUGAUACAAGUUCUUUGAGCUCUUCUUCAAAGAUGACUGGGGAUUUUUCUACUAUUCAAAACAAUGCUGGAGGAUUCGAUAAUAAUGCUUCAAAUGACAUUGGAUUUUCCAGCCUCACACAGAAUGUUGAUGGGCUUUCUAGGGUAGUGCGAAAUGCAGGUAGGGCUUCUGAACAAGUGCAGAAUGUUGUUGAAUUUUCUAAUCUGCUGCCGAAUAUUGGUGUGUUUUCCAAUAAAAUGCAGAGUGUGGAUGGGAUUUCUCCUCAAACACCAAAUGUGGAUCGAUUUUCUAGUCAACUGCAGAAUGUAGAGCAGCUUCCUAGACCAACUCAGAAUGAGGGUGGUAGGACUUUGUCACUUUUAGCAGAUAGGCAACAUUAUCAUUCUAUUUCAAGCAACUGGAGCUCAGGCCCCAAAGUGAAUGCGAAUGCAAGAUUUUCAAAUGUAAAUCCUAGUACAGGUUUUCAGGGUUUUCCCACUGAGCCCUUAAUACUACAUAAUAGAAAUCAAGUUGGCAUGCCCGAUUAUGGACACGGGGAAACUGGGUUGCAAUCAUAUUAUUUCAUUAGGAAUGCUACUCAAAGUUCUUCUGACCAAAGACAGUAUCCUCACACAGGAACUUUCAUGAACCUCUCACCUGACCCUUCUCUGGUUGUUCCUUUUGUAGGGUUUGCCAGAAGCAACAGUGGACAGAGUCAAUCAGGUCAAGUAAUCCCAGCAGCAAAUGCACCUGCUCAGUUGUCCGGUGUUCCUUGUAGACCAUCAUGCAAGAGGGGUGCGAGUGAAUCCUCUCUUGCUACUCCUGAGGCUUUACACCGAAAGUUCAGAGUUUCUAGAGCUUCCAGUCACUUGUCUACUCCAAAUACGGCCCAAAUUGCUUCACCUCAUGCACCAUCGCCUCUGGCUUGGACUCCUUCCUUGAAGCUGCCCGCUGUCCAGCUAGUUCACCCAUGCACAAUUCAAUCUCCUCCAGAUGUGUCACAAAUUAAUGCACCAGCUCUGGUCCAGAUUCCUCACCUGAGUCCACCACUGGUUCAAGCAGCUUACCGAAACCUAGCCCGGUGUGCUUCGAAUGUGGCCCAAAUGACUCCACCUCACUCACCUCUGGCAUGGACUCCUCCCAACUCAGCCCUAGUCCAAACUGAUCGUCCACACCUAGCGCAGUUUACUCUUAAUUUGACCCGAGCUCCACCCAAUGCACCUCUGGCUGGGACUACUCCCUCAAGCCAAUUGCUAAUCCAAACUGUUCGCCCAAACUUGGCCCAGAAGCCUCCAAUUCGCCAACUCUUGGCCCAAAAUACAUCUGGUCGACCACCCUUUUCCCAUCGUGUUCCACCCUUGCCCAGUAUAAAAGCACAUUAUCACAUAAAAUGGCAAGGUCCAGAAAAAACUCCUCAACUAAGUGGACACCAGUGUUUUAUAUGCAAGAGGGAUCUCUCAUUCACGCCAGAAGGGCCAGUGGAACAACCAGUGAAUCCACAACCUGUUGCUGUCUUGCCAUGCCACCACCACUUUCAUACUUUCUGCUUGGAGCGUAUUACUACCGGAAGCGAUGCAGAGAAUCCUCCAUGUAUUCCUUGUGCCUUGGGUGACAAGAACUAACUCUGACCAUGAUCAUUCAUGUCCUCAAUGUUUUUUCUUUUCUUUUUGUCUUUUUGUUCAAUCCUGCUAGCAUUAGUCUUCUUGAUAUAUCAUAUAGAGGGAAACUCUAAGUUUUGGAGAAGAGCUACUAUAUUAAAUAGCUAGCUACAAUUCUUUUAACUGUGUACAGCAGAUAGUUUUGGAGAAGAGCUACUAUAUUAAUUAGCUAGCUACAAUUCUUUUAACUGUGUACAGCAGAUGACAUUACUGAUACAAACUACAACAUCUAAAAUCAAUCUAGUAGAGGACACUUCAUGAUUAAUAUAACGCAUCCUUUAAACAUUCU